UCCCUGCCCGGUCCACUCCACGCAGUAGCCUACGCAGCAGCAGAGGAUAUGGAGCGGUGACGUGCCACUGAACAGAAGAAUAACACUUAUAUUUUUAAACGGAAUAAGUUUAGGUUUAGUGGCACUUACAGGGUUCAUCUUGUACUUCAAACGCAGAUGCUAGAAUACAGGAAAUGUCAGGAGAAUUCUCAGAGUAGUUCAGUCACCCCUCGCGCCUCAAGAGAGAUCUGUCUUUAGUUGAAUAUUGCGCGUCAGACGGGAAGGGUCGAAGAAUACCGCUCCUGCCGCCCUGGAGACCGAUGAUACCAAGAUGCUCGGGCGAAUGCAGUAUAUUAAAUUAACGACAGCACUCGGUGUGAAAGGCCAGUGUGGAGUGCAACAGAGAUUGCAUCAUCUGUGGAUCUGUUGGGCAGCGUUGCUACCAUGUGUGUUCUCCUUUAACGUGGAUGACAAGAAUGGGCUGAAUUUCCAUGGUUCGCUGGAGGACAUGUUUGGAUACUCAGUCCAGCAGUUUGAGAACAGUGAAGGGAAAUGGGUACUUAUCGGUUCUCCCUUGGCCGGCCAGCCGGCCAAACGGACUGGAGAUGUCUACAAAUGCCCCGUGGAUCGAGGACCAAACCCUAAAUGUAUCAAACUGGAGCUGCCUGAAAACACAACAAUUCCUAACUUACACGAAGUCAAGGAUAACAUGACCAUGGGAACGACGCUGGUUACCAACCCUCAAGGAGGCUUUCUGGCUUGUGGUCCCCAGUAUGGCUACAUGUGUGGUCAGCAGACGUACAUCUCUGGUGUAUGUACCAACGUCAGCUCAACCUUCCAGGUACUCAACUCCAUCGCCCCGGCCGUGCAAGAGUGUGCCAAGGAGCUUGACAUUGUCAUGGUGCUUGACGGCUCCAAUAGUAUAUGGCCAUGGAGCAGCAUCAUUGAGUUCCUGGUCAAGUUUCUGAAAAAUAUCGAAAUUGGACCUAAACUGUCCCAGGUGGGCAUUGUGUCGUAUGGAGAGCAAGUCAUUCACAAUGUGAACCUCAGCCAGUUUAAUAACACUCUAUCCCUGCUGGGAAAAGUGAUGAAUCUUGAACAGCAACAGGGUGUCAGGACCAUGACCUUCCUGGGUAUCGACACGGCAAGGAAAGAGGCCUUCACCGUGGAGCGAGGGGCGCGGCCCGGGGUCAAGAAGGUCAUGAUAAUCGUGACGGACGGAGAGUCACAUGACUCUCAUAACCUCAAAAAUGUCACCGCAGAAUGCGAGAAAGACGACAUUGAGAGGUUCGGUAUUGCAGUGCUUGGUGAUUACAACAGGAACAACAGAAGCAUCACUGAAGUGAAAAAGUUCAUUGAGGAGAUCAAGAACAUCUCCAGCGAUCCUGUGGGAGAUCACUUCUUCAAUGUGUCCAACGAGUUUGCCUUGCUCAACAUCGUAGACGCUCUGGGAAGCAGGAUCUUUGCCUUGGAAGCAACGUCAGGUAACUACACCUCGUCGUUUGAGAUGGAGAUGUCCCAGGCAGGAUUUAGUGCCCACACCUCUAAGGAGGGUGUGAUGCUGGGAGCAGUGGGAGCGUAUGAGUGGAACGGGACAGUAGUGAUGCACACAGACCAGGGUACCAUGGUUCCCCUAAACGCAGACUUCCAUGACCCCCUGGACGAGAGGAAGGAGAGCCUGGCAGGGUAUGUGGGUUAUGAUGUGCAGUCGGCAUCAACCCCUAAUGGUGUAUUAUAUAUCACGGGGGCACCGCGGCACAACCACACAGGCAGAGUCAUCGUGUACAAACUGGAUGGGCAGCACAUCACAGUCACACAAGUGCUAAAAGGAGAGCAGAUUGGCUCCUACUUUGGCAGUGUUCUCCAGACGGUGGAUGUUGACCAGGACUCGUACACAGACAUCCUGUUGGUGGGAGCUCCUAUGUACAUGGGCCCAGAGAGGGAGGAACAGGGACAGGUGUACGUCUUCAAACUCAAUGAGAAGGGCAUGUUUGAGCACCAGGCCACGCUGAAGCCGGACAACCAGACGUGUUGUACCUCAGCCCACUCCCAUGGCUGCACCAACGUUCGCAAGAAUGACCCGUGUGGCGCCCGUUUCGGCACCGCCAUCGCCGAGGUCAGCGACCUGGACCUGGACGGGAACCGGGACGUGGCCAUCGGGGCACCGUUCGAGAAUGACCACAGAGGAGCCGUCUACAUCUACCACGGAGCCAAGAAGACGAUCAAGGAGAAAUAUGUCCAGCGUAUCCCAGGUCCUGGAGACGGGGUGAAGACUAAGUUCUUUGGCCAGUCAAUCCAUGGAGUCAUGGACCUGAACGGAGAUGGAAUCAUAGACGUUACCAUCGGAGGUCUGGGAGGCGCUUCUCUGUUCUGGUCCAAGGAUGUUGCUGAGCUUUAUGCCAACAUGACCUUUGACCCGAGCAAGAUCAACCUACAGCAGCCCUCUAAAGGCUGCAUGUUGGGCGGGAGGGAAACUGUGUGUGUGAAGACCAGGGUCUGCUUUAGCUACAGCGUCAAGUCUGAGAAGGAUGACACUAACUCGGGCACAGCCAUUAAGUACAGCUUGACGCUGGACUCUCUGAGGGCGAAGUCGAGGGCUGCGUUUGUCAACAUAGACGAGAAAAGUGAGAGGAAGGCCCAGGCCACCGCCAAGAUCAUAGACAAUCUGUGUGUGGAGCAUUUAUUUGCCAUGAAGGCUAAAUUGGACUUCAGAGACCCAAUCAUGGUCUCCCUAGAGUUUGACCUGGCUGAGGACACGGGUCCCGUCCUGGAUGGAGAUCUACCAACGUCACUUAACAAAACGAUUCCUUUGGUGGACUGUGGGACCGAUGACAAGUGCAUAGCUGACCUAUCGCUGAAGGCUGUGCCAAGUAUACAACGUCUUGUGAUCAAAGCGAACAAGGAGAAGUUCCACGUUCUGAUCACCACUAGAAACAGCAAAGACAAUGCUUACAACACCAAAGUUAUGCUGAGCUUUACUGAAAACAUAAACUACGUCAAGGUCGAGCCCAAAGAAAAAGACUGUAGUCUAAAUAAUACCAAAGUUGAGUGUGCUGUGGGAUAUCCAUUCCUCAAAAGCAAUGUAGAGGAGGUCUUUAAGAUCCUGUUUGAAGUCAACCCUGCACAUAUCUGGAAGGAAAUUCAGAUCAACGUAACUGCAACCAGUGACAGCGACGAAGUGAACAGCACCCUUUUUGAUAACUCUGUGAAAAUCGCCAUCCCUGUGAAGUACGAGGCUGGACUUAGAUUCACAGCUGACAGGCACAUGAAGGAGGACCACAUCAUAGUGAAAGAGGGAGAGCAGCACCCCAGGGUCUUCAACGGCACCAGUGUGAUAGGAGAAGAGGUCAAGAUCAGCUACACGAUUAAUAGGGAUGUGGAUAUGGCGACUCCUCCUCUGAAGCUAUGGGUGAAGUACCCGUACCUCUCACCCAGAGAGAACAUCCUGCUUUACCUGACUCACGUCACCUCCUCACAGGAUGUGAGAUGCCAUGCCGGCCAUCUGAUUAACCCUUUAAAGAUCAACCACAACAAUGUCCACACUCUCAACCUUAAAAAAGAGACCCUCAGUGACUUCCUGGUGGGCUGUAAGGACCACCCAUGUGAGUCAUUUGACUGCUCCAUCCCUCACGUCAACAACAGCCAUGUCAAUGUUACCUUUAGGGUGUGGAAGCCCACCUUUAUCAAAGCAGAGUUCACCAGCCUUCAUAUGAUAGUUCAUGCCACCCUGGAGAACCAGAACACGGAUCUCUUCAUGUUGAGCACCGCGAAUAACGCCAGAGAUGUGAAGAUCCAGGUGUCUAAAGAGGCUUUGGGAGGUAUACCGCUGUGGAUCAUUAUAGUCAGUAUCCUAAUAGGACUUCUCAUUCUGGCACUGGUCAUCUUCGCCCUAUGGAAGGCUGGAUUUUUCAAAAGAAAAUCCAUGGAGGACAUGGAGAAGGAGGACAUGAAGAAUUAACCCUUCCCACCACCCUGUAGGUCUGUCUGUGCCCCACUGUCUUUAGGUCUGUUAUCAGGUCAGUGAGAGGAGAUACCGUAGGAAAUACCACAACAACCCAUUCACCUGAAUGCCAUCAGGUCAGAGGAAAAGCCAGAGUUUAUCUAUGGUUCUGCACCAACCCAUUCACCUGAAAGUGAUGUGGCCCAUCUAUAUGAGCAACAUGGUCUACCAGACGUAAUGACAACUUGGUCCGGGUUCAGUGGAAAGAGAAGCCUUGGGAAACAUUGAACUUGUACACUGUGGUCUUCCGUCUAUCCAACUUGGGUACCUGGACCUUAAGGACCUAAGCUAGAAGAGACAUCAGAAGACCUAGAUGUCCUGACUCGGAACUGAUCAUAUGAUGCCACAACCUUAUCAGCUUUAUACAACAGAACAAAACAUUCUCAGGUUUACUUAAAACAUCCCAAUGCCACUAAAAACACCCCAGACUAUGGCAUUAAACCAAAGUUGCCCAAGUCCACGUGAACUCUGGUGGGUUUGCACAGACAAUCUGCGAUGGGUUCGAAUCCUGUGUCCUAGUUGUUUGAUACUUUUUAAUGAAACACUGUCAACUUAUGGUAAUAUCUUAAAACGUGUUAUUCAUUCUAUUUUGGCACAUUCCUCAUCUUCUCAGCAGAAUGUUUGCUUUUGACACACUGACAUUUGCAAAAUGUUCUAGUCUUACAAGCUCAGUCUUUAAGGUUGAUUUUUUUUGUUUGUUGUAUGUUUUAACAAAAAUGUUCCUCCGAGUAGUAAAGAGGUGUAUGCAAGUGUACCCACCAAAAGAAUAUAUUCUGUAUAAAAGAAGAGGAGGAAUAGAUGCUUAUUGACAUAAAUACUUUUAUUCAUCUUGUCACGACAUGGGGGUAGAGAAUUUACAGAUUGCACCUUUACAGUAUUAGGAAAACAUUUGAUUGUGCUUUAAUGUAAGUGAAUGUAAAGCUUGUACAUAAAGUUGUUUGCAACAAUUCCUAGAAUUUAAGCUAAAACGGACAUAAAUCCAGCAUGUAUCAAGAAGGCCCUACACUCUUAGAAAAAAAGGGUUCCAAAAGAGUUCUUUGCAGAGGGAUAGGGUUUUUACCAAGAACCAUUUUUGAUCAGAAGAACCCUUUUCGGAAGUCAAGGGUUAUUUGUAAGGCAACGGGUUCUACCUAGAAACUUUAACAUGCUAAGAACCAUUUUUGGAAGAAAGGCAAGAAGGAUUGUACAUAGAGCCAUAUAUAGUAUUUCCCAGCAUGCAGGGAUAUUUUACUACUGUAAUAUCUCUGUUUUUGCAUGUACAUUGAUUGGCUAAUACAUUUUAUGCUACACAAAGAUAAAUAACAUACUGUUUUCUAAACUGAUCCAAUCUGUUGGUUGUUCCAGUUUAGAUGACUGAGGAAGUCUCAGUAUUCAGGCUUCCCUAACCUGGCAGUCAUUCUGAAUGCAGGUUGGGGCUGAUUAAUAAUUCCACUUGUUGGCUAUCCUAACUCUGGCUGGAUUCCAAUAGGAAUUACACAUCACUUUGCAAGCCAGCAUAAUGUGACUUGCAGGCCUGAUGUAAACCAGGAGAUUCCUAACACCACUGUCUUCUGGUAUAACUAGGCCCUUAAAGAAAGGCCUUAUGAUAUAUGUAAUAUAUUGUCAUAAAUAAUUAAAGGCGAAGGCUAAUAAGGCUGGUGGAACCAUUCAUAAAGGGUACGAGGAAGAACCCUCCAAAGAUAAAAGGAAGAACCUUUUAGAUGAUGAUGAUAAAACAGUUCUUGGUAGAACCAUAUACAGGGGGUUCUUUGCAAAGGAUUCUACCCAGCACCAAAAGGGGUUCCCCAAUGGGGACAAACUGAAGAACCUGUAUGGUUCUACUUAGCACCUUUUUUCUAAGAGUGUAUAUGUCAGUAAUAGAGAGAAAAUAACUUUGCUCCAACGUUUCUCAGGUGCUACGUACUGUAUGAUAGUAUGGUGAUAGUAUAAUGGGUAUGUUCGGCCUUAAUAAUAUGGAGUAUAUGGAGCUUUGACAUCAUCUGAAUUAGAUAAAACAAACAAACGUAGUAUUUUAAAAUAAAAAUAUUGGUCUUAUAUUUUGAUCGAAAAUCGAAAUGUCCAACAAAAUGUGGAUUGGAACUAGAUUCAUUUAGCCUCCAUCCGCUAAGAUUUUUGUUUUUUGGCUCCUCUUUCUUUUCUUAUUUUGGGAGAUUGAUUCGUGAGGGAGCCUACAGUCACCCAGAAAGCCUCUCAGUGGAGUGUAACCAGAUUCCUGAUGUCUUCAUUUGACCGUAGCGCCGAACAAAAAGACGUUUGGUCAAAAUCGGGGAAACUUGGGCGAUUGACGGUCACAUACUGGGGGUGAUUUGACAGCCUAUGACGGACCUUUAGAGGUUUGAAGUCACCAUGUGACACUCGUGAAUGUGAGUUGCAUCCCCCCCCCUCUUUUGAUAUUUAUGCACCUUGGCUUAUUCUCCUCCUGAAUCUAUCUGCAUUUUGUUCCCAUAUUUUGCAUACGUUGCAUUGCAUAUAAGAGACACUCAUCAGCUCACUCAUCACUUUUGAAAGCACAAGUAAUAAAGAUCAAAUGUCUGUCCAAUGUGUGAGAUCAUGUUAACACAGCGAUCCUCCAUCCUGUCCCCUUCUGGAGAACUUAUUUGUCACAGCUUGGCGGUGAUGGAGUCAGCCAAUGAAGGCGUUGAAUAAUAAUAAUAUAAUAUAUCCCAUUUAGCAGACGCUUUUGUCCAAAGCGACUUACAAGUCGGCUGGGGCCACUACUUUUACAUAUGGGUGGCCCCAGCGGGAAUCGAACCCACGACGCUUGGCGUUGCAAGCGCCAUGCUCUACCGACUGAGCCACACAGGACCUGAAGAUUUGAAGAUUUGAAGAUUUGAUUACGGAUGAGUUGAAUCAGUAACCAUACUCUGGAACCCAGAACCAAACGUGUGUGUGUGCUGACCAGCUUCUCGAUUAGACAUUUACUGACAUUCAUGUUAACAGUCUGUCUCAAGGGGUUGUUGUAUCAAGUGUGAUGGCCCUAAGGUUGCAUAACAACCUGCAUUACUUUGACUCUCCAGGAGCAGGUUUGAGGAUCACUGAUCGAUCAUCUCAGUCCACUUUGACCGAGGGAGGGUGGGAUGGAGGGAGGGAGGGGCUGAGCCUGCAUCUGACUGAUAUGGUCCAGUCAUACACACUGCUGUGAAAUGUCCACUUAAUGCACUGGUUUGUCAUACUGUAUGUACUCUCAUUAGCACAGAUUUGAAAGCAUUUAGAAAGCAUUGCACAUGUUGUCAAGGAUCUUAUGCAAAAAAAAAAUAAAGCCUUGUUUUUUAAUGUUGGA